UUGACAGUAGAUGUCCAGGAGCUCUGAGCGCACACGCCGCGCUCUCCACUACAUCGCACCACUGCGGUAGGAGCGGGGAAGGCAGCAGCAGAGAGGGGGGACCCGGCAGGCACACUUCACUUGUUCCUGCACAUAAAAAAAAAAAAAAGAAAACACAAUCCAAGUGCAGAGCGCGUCUCUCUGCUGACUUCACCACAGAGGAGGACUUUACCUGAGAGGACAUAAUAGGCAACAGCUCCCCGGGGCAAUCCUUACAGCCCAGCGAGAGCGAAGGACGGAGAACUUUUGGCUAUUGCUCCGUGAUUUUUUACCACACCUCCUGUCACCUUGGAAGUCAGACCUGUUUAUUGUGAGAGGAUGGGACCGCUACUCCUUUCCAUCGCCCUGUGUUUGGGCGCCGCUGUCCCGCAGCAUGUGAAAGCAGCAGAUGGUGAGGAACCAACUUCAGCAGGCCCUUGCCAUCCAAACCCUUGCCACAACAGAGGAACAUGUGAGAUCAGUGAGACCUACAGGGGCGACACCUUUAUUGGUUACGUCUGCAAGUGUCCACCAGGCUUCAGUGGAGUUCACUGCCAACACAAUAUUAACGAAUGCGAAAGGGACCCCUGCAAGAAUGGGGGCAUUUGCACAGAUAUGGUUGCCAACUAUUCCUGUGAAUGCCCAGGGGAGUACAUGGGAAGGAACUGUCAAUACAGAUGCUCUGGACCACUGGGCAUGGAGGGUGGUAUAAUCUCCAACCAACAGAUAACAGCCUCCUCCACCCACCGCGCUCUUUUCGGCUUGCAGAAAUGGUACCCGUACUUUGCACGCCUCAACAAGAAGGGCCUGGUCAAUGCCUGGACUGCUGCCGAAAAUGACAGAUGGCCGUGGAUCCAGAUAAACCUGCAGAGGAGGAUGAGGGUCACGGGCCUAAUUACCCAGGGUGCAAAGCGUAUCGGCAGCCCAGAGUACGUCAAGUCUUACAAAGUAGCCUACAGUGAUGACGGGAAGACCUGGAGAACAUACAAAGUCAAGGGCAGAGAUGAUGAUAUGAUUUUCAGAGGAAACGUCGAUAACAACGCUCCAUCAGCCAACUCCUUCACCCCUCCCAUUGAAGCCCAGUACGUGCGCAUUUACCCCCAAGUCUGCAGGAGGCACUGCACCUUACGCAUGGAGCUGCUCGGUUGUGAGCUAACAGGCUGCUCCGAACCACUAGGAAUGAAGUCAGGCCAUAUCCAGGACUACCAGGUCACGGCCUCAAGCAUCUUCAGGACGCUCAACAUGGACAUGUUCACUUGGGAGCCUGGGAAGGCCCGCUUGGACAAACAGGGCAAGGUCAAUGCCUGGACAGCUGGACACAGCGACCAGUCGCAGUGGCUGCAGGUGGAUUUGCUUGUGCCCACCAAGGUCACAGGCAUCAUCACCCAGGGAGCUAAAGACUUUGGCCAUGUGCAGUUUGUUGGCUCAUAUAAACUUGCGUACAGCAACGAUGGGGAGCGGUGGAAUAUAUAUCAAGAUGAGAAACAGGGGAAGGACAAGGUAUUCCAAGGGAACUUUGACAACGACACACACCGAAAGAACGUGAUAGAUCCACCCAUCUAUGCUCGGCUCAUCCGGAUCCUCCCCUGGUCAUGGUACGGCAGGAUCACUUUGCGUGCAGAAGUACUCGGAUGCACAGAGGAAGAGUGAAGUCCUGUUCUUCCAUCUUUCUUGCCAUUGUCCCCUGUCCCUUGGCGUACUGGGGUGUCUCAACCCGGUAUUUCAAAAACAAACUGUGCAACCUGUAAAAAGAAAUAAAUUUCCAAUGGAUUUUUCAAGAAUAUGUGUUUGGUUGUGGUGGGUUGCUGUUUGUUCUUUUUGUACAAUGAUUUAAAAACCUGCCCUUGAUCCACUUUUGUCUUUAAGUUUCCUCUUUAAAGCGUGAUCUUUGUCUUUUUAUUCUUCUCAAGAAUUACCAUCCUGUUUGGAAUGAACUUCUGUAAUAUAUAUGGGAGGGGUGGGCGUGGGGGCGGAGUCGGAGAGAGGGGUUCUCACUGUGGUUUUAACUUGUCGCCAUGGAAGCUAUUGUACAGUGUCACUUUUUAACAAAGAUGUGAAACCUGUCUGCCGUGCUUCAUUGGACAUAAUUAACCAACAUCAUACCAUAACUAAACUGUCUGAAACGCCAUGUAGAGAUCACACGUUAUCACAUCAUCAAUUAUAUUUUUACUUUGAUUACUACACUUCCUCAAGCCAUGCUUUUAUCCUAAUGGACACUGGCAUUACUACAUCAAUCAAAACACUAUUAAUGCUCUUGUAUUAUAUGUAAAAGACUAAGAAACUGCAUGGUGCGUGAAUAAUAAAUGUAUAUUAUGACAAAUCAUUUAAAACCUCCAGUCCUGAGAGCAAUGGCUUUGAUUUAGGGACCUAUUUUUAUGUGCAUUUUUAAAUAGUUCUGAAACAUUACAAGACACUGCAAAAGCUUACUGAAGAUAACUGAUGUGUGAGACAAUAAACAAGCACUGCAGUCUAACUUGGUACUGCAGCACUGACACUGAGGCUCGUAGGCUGUCUCUAUAGUUGACUUGUCUUAAAGCUCUCAUAAGGGGCUCCAUUUUUUAAUUUGUAUUUGAUUAUGGCUACACUUUUUCUAAGAUAUUUGGAAUUAUUGUUUGUGCUUUUUUUUUUUUUUUUUUAAAUUGUAUUUAUUUAGAUUUAUUUGUCUCAGCUGUCAGAUACAUAAAACCUGUUUAACCGUCUCCGUGUUGUCUUGGAGAUUCAAGUUGCAUCAAUUACAAAGCUCAGGAUAGAUGUCAUUCAUAAUAAUAAUAAUGAUAGCCCACAAAUAUAUCAUUUUUUGGCCACCUAUUUAAAUAUAUCUCUGUAUUAUUAUUUAAAGAAAAUGUUAAAUGAGUGAGAGCAAUUAUUUAAAUCAUGUCCAUAUAUGCAUAAUUCAAAUAUUGAAAGCAGUCUAUUAUUGUCUUUAAUCCCUUUGACAUGAUAAAUGAUAACUGUUCAUUUCUUCCUUUUUUUUCUUUCGAAAGAGAGCAAAUGUCCGAGAUUAAUAAUAUAUUAAUAUAUGUCAUUAUCUCAAACCUACGGAGAUGAUGAACCAUGGUAACAGCACAGAGCUCUAAAUUAAAUAUGGACGUCCUCUUUAUUUCAGGGGAUCUGAUCUUUUUAUCAUGCUGGAUGAGAAAUUUUAUGUUCAAGAGCUUGUGGGUAUUUUCACAUGACAUGACAGCAGCUCUCUGCAUGUUCAAAUGGUUUCAGCGAGCUAAAAAUAUUUAGACACAUUAAGGUUGCAGGGGAUAAAGAUGCUGUUAUUCCAGUCGCAUCAGAAAAUUCUAUUUAUGCAGUUUUCACUGUAUGGAUUCUGCUGUUGGCUGCGUCCUGAAGUAAAUGAACAGAGAUGCUUGGCUGGUUUAAUAAAUGGAAGUAAACAAGUACCUGAGGUAUCGCAGCGGUGUCGAACCUUACAGCCUCAUUCUACACGGCUUAAAAAUAGGCCUGGAUUACUCUAGUGGUUCCCACUCUUGACUAGUUUUCCCAAAGCUCUCGAGUGCUAGAGUAAGAGCUGAGGGAAGCUGCUUUUAUGCCUGCCAGCUUUCAGUCACUUAACUAUCCAGUCAUUUCAUAUUGUAGGAAUACAAUGCAUUUGUUCUGGGACUGCAUCCCAGCCUGAAAGAGAAAGUAAGGAAAACCUUAUUUAAUUUAAUGCACCAACCUCUGCGAAUAUUUUUUGGUUGCCUGACUAGAUUGGAAAUACAAGAGUGCCACUGUAAUUUUCAUCACUUUAUAUUCAAUGAAUGAAAAUGCAUUCAUUUUGGGACUAAAAGAACAGCAAGGAAAUGUGCCACCUUCCAAAUAUGUUGGUGCUUACUUGAUAUUGUUGUGUGCCAGGGCAUUCUCAGCUGUCAUGCCAUCAACAUGGUUGUUGUUGUAGUUGACACUUAACAGUAAAAACAAUAACUGGAAGUGGGUACAGCCAACUGUGAUCAGGUUUGGCAAGUAAUAAUAGGAUAUCUUGGAAGAGUUUCUUGUCUUAUGUUGCCAAAUGCAAUCUGUACUUCAAUGUAAGUUACACUGAAAGUCUUUGAUGUAGGUUACCAAUAUGUGAAAAUUGUUAUUGGUGUGAAUCAGUGACUGUCACUCCUUAGGCUCAUGGACACAGGUGAGGCAGAUUAUUUGUCCACUCUUCAGUUGUUUAUUUCGAAAUAUCUUGGCCAGCAUCUGCUCUGAUUGAUCUUUGUAGUCAGCUUCCUGUCAGCAGGCCUGCUACAAAGCUUUGAGGAAGUUUGCAUGAUGUAUGAGUUUGAACGGUACAGUAUAACAAAGAUGUCCACAGGCACAUUAUGUUCUUGCAUAUCAUAAAGAUCUAAUAGCCUUUACUUUGUGCUCACCAUCGAUUGUCUUGUGCAUUGUAAAACUUCAUCUCACAGGUUCGAGAGGGGAGCAGGGCGCAAACUCAUCCUGUCUUUGUAUUUCUGUGUCCGCUGUUCACGUAUUAUUUCUUACCUCCUCAGUCUGAGUGUCAAUCACUAUCUAGAAAACGUACCUAUUGUAAUGCUGGUUAGGUUCAAGCCUGCAGAGGAGAGUGAGAAACUGUGUACAGUCAAAAAGAUGUUGCUUCGAACAAAAGCUCUUUCAGUUUGACAAAUAAAAACAUAUCUGUGAAAAUGA